AUGUCCGAGACGGCACCCGCCGCUCCCGCCGCUCCAGCCCCUGCGGAGAAGACCCCGGCCAAGAAGAAGGGCAAGAGGGCUUCGGCCGCCGGCGGUGCGCGGCGCAAGGCCGCGGGUCCGCCCGUGUCGGAGCUGAUCACGAAAGCCGUGAGCGCCUCCAAGGAGCGAAAUGGCGUGUCCCUGGCAGCCCUGAAGAAGGCGCUGGCGGCCGCGGGCUACGACGUGGACAAGAACAACAGCCGCAUCAAGCUGGGGCUCAAGAGCCUGGUGAGCAAGGGCACCCUGGUGCAGACUAAGGGCACUGGCGCCUCGGGCUCCUUCAAGCUGAACAAGAAGGCCCCGACGGCCGACACGAAGGCUAAGGCCAAGAAGCCGGCCUCGGCCAAGACCAAGAAGGCCGCCGGCGCUUCCAAGAAGCCCAAGAAGGCGACGGGGGCCGCGGGCGCCAAGAAGAGCGUGAAGAAGAGCCCGAAGAAAGCCAAGAAGCCGGCGGCCGCCAAGAAAGCGGCCAAGAGCCCGAAGAAGGCCAAGGCGGCCAAGCCCAAGAAGGUGGCCAAGAGCCCGGCUAAGCCUAAGGCAGCCAAGGCCAAGAAGGUGACCAAGCCCAAAACGGCUAAGCCCAAAGCCGCCAAAAGCAAGAAGGCGGCAGCCAAGAAGUAGAGUUCGAAGCCCUCGAAACUUGACACACCCAAAGGCUCUUUUCAGAGCCACCCACUCACCUCAGAAAAAGAGCUGAGCCUACCACCGCAAGCCCUUAUAGAAAUUAGUUAGCCACCGAAGUUGUGUUUCGUAAAGGUUGAGACCAAUAGUAAAUAAAAACUGAAAUA